CCUCUGCUGUCUCUUUCUGUGACUGACGACUACCCACUCAGGAAACAUCUCUUGUUGUGGGAGCAGCAGAUGCCUAGUGGAUAUUACCUGCUUUCUCUAGGCUGAUUCCUGAUGAGCAGCAUAUACCUCGUGGAUAUUAUCUGCUUUCUCUAGGCUGAUUCCUGAUGAGCAGCAUAUACCUCGUGGAUAUUACCUGCUUUCUCUAGGCUGAUACCUGAUCUCCUCCUGAUCCCCACAGCCUGCCAGCCGGCCACCAUGAGGUUCCCCAAGCUGCCCAACCCAGGUCUGGAGGACCGGAUCCCGUCCCACCAGGAGCUGGAAAGGAUGGAGAAAGAGGAGGCUGGGGACAGGCCCAAAUGGGACAACAAGACCCAGUACAUGCUGACCUGUGUGGGCUUCUGUGUGGGGCUGGGGAACGUGUGGAGGUUCCCUUACCUGUGUCAGAGCCAUGGAGGAGGAGCGUUUAUGAUCCCGUUCCUGAUCCUGCUGGUUCUGGAGGGGAUUCCACUGCUGCACCUGGAGUUUGCUAUCGGACAGCGCCUCAGGAGUGGCAGUGUGGGAGUGUGGACGGCCAUUAACCCCCAUCUGACUGGUGUUGGCAUCGCUUCCUUGUUAGUCUCCUUUCUGGUGGGUAUGUACUACAACACUAUAAUCGCCUGGGUGAUGUGGUACUUCUUCAACUCCUUCCAGAACCCUCUGCCAUGGAGUCAGUGUCCUGUCAAUGCCAACCUGACAGGUUUGGUCUCAGAAUGCGCCCGGAGUUCCCCAGUGGAUUAUUUCUGGUACAGAGACACACUCAACACGUCCACAUCCAUUGGGGACUCUGGAGGACUGCAGUGGUGGAUGGUGUUGUGUCUACUGUGUGCCUGGCUGCUGUUGUACGUCUGCUGCCUUCGUGGCAUUGAGACAACUGGCAAGGCGGUGUACGUAACAUCCACUCUGCCAUAUGUGGUCCUCACCAUCUUCCUGAUCAGAGGACUGACUCUCAAAGGUUCUUUGGAUGGAAUCAAGUUCCUCUUCACACCUGAUCUAAAUGAGUUGAUGAACCCGUCUACCUGGCUGGAUGCAGGCGCCCAGGUGUUCUACUCUUUUGCCUUGGCCUCUGGAGGUCUCAUCUCCUUCUCCAGCUACAACUCUGUACACAACAACUGUGAGCAGGAUGCCGUGAUCAUCUCCUUCAUCAACGGCUUCACAUCAGUCUACGCUGCUACUGUCAUCUACUCUAUCAUAGGCUUCAGGGCCACAGAGAGUUUCGACGACUGUCUCGAAGGAAACAUCUUGGGUCUGCUGAAUGCUUUCAACCUUCCUGAGGGCAACAUCACAGAAGGCAACUAUGCAGAAUCCCUACAGAAUCUAAACGGCACCUUCCCAGAGAUCAUCCGGAGUCUGGACCUCAAAACCUGCGACUUGCAAACUUUCCUCAGUCAGGGUGUGGAGGGAACUGGUCUGGCCUUUAUCGUGUUCACAGAGGCCAUCACCAAGAUGCCUGUCUCUCCUCUCUGGUCCAUCCUGUUCUUCAUCAUGCUCUUCUGUCUGGGACUGUCCACCAUGUUUGGCAGCAUAGAAGGAACGGUGGUGCCUCUUCAGGAUCUCAACAUCUUCCCUAAACGGUGGCCUAAGGAGGCGAUCACUGGUAUUGUCUGUCUGGUGUCAUUCAUCAUUGCCCUGAUAUUUGCUCAGAGUUCUGGUAACUACUGGCUGGCUCUGUUCGACAGCUUUGCCGGCUCCAUCCCUCUCCUAGUCAUCGCCUUCUGUGAGAUGAUAGCUGUGGUCUACAUCUAUGGCAUAGACAGGUUUAACGCAGACAUAGAGUUCAUGAUUGGUCACAAGCCCAACCUGUUCUGGCAGGUGACCUGGAGGUUCGUCAGCCCUUUAAUCGUCUUAGUAAUCUUCGUCUUCUACUUCAUCACCAAAGUCAGCUCCAACGUCACCUACAUCGCCUGGAAUCCAAGCUCGGAGGACUUCCCCACUCUGGAGGUGCUGGAGUAUCCUGCUUGGAUUUACGUCAUCAUCUUUAUCCUGGCAGGGAUCCCCAGUCUGGUGGUGCCAGGCACGGCCCUAUUCAAACUCAUACAGAGACGUUGCUCCGACAAAAAUGUCUACGAGGCAGAAGUCGACACGGUCUCUGCCAAAGUUCAGAUGUAUACUACGAAACUGUCGUAGAAUUACCACACAGCCAACAUCAUAUGGGACAACACUAUAACACAACACUGGAGUUUAAAAAAGUAGAGUAAACAUCCAAAAUGAUUGGUCCCCCCCCAAAAAAAGGUUUGAGGUCAAUUCCAUCUUAAUUAAGUCAAUCCAGUAAAUUUAAGAAUAAAAAAAAAAACUGUUUAUAAAUGGGCACCUGAAUUUACCGAAUUGAAAUGGGAUUGACCGUAGCGCUUUAGGUUAUGACGCAAAGGAACCGUUUUAACCUCUCUUGGGUACGUGAGACGUUAGCGUCCCACCUCUUCAACAGCCAGUAAAACUGCUGGGCGCCAAAUUCAAAUACAGAAAUACUCAUUCUAAAAAUUCAGAAAACAAAACAUAUUUUACAUAGGUUUAAAGAUUAACUUCUUGUGAAUCCUACCACGGUGUCAGAUUUUAAAAAUGCUUUACGGCGAAAGCAUACCUUACGAUUAUUUGAGAACAUAGCCCACUAGACAAAUAUUUACAAACAGUAACCAGCCAUGUUGAACAGUUACACAAUUUAGAAAUAGAGAUAAAAUGAAUCCCUUACCUUUGAUGAUUUUCAUAUGGUUGCACUCAGCAGACAUUCCGGGUGGCGCAGUGGUCUAGGGCACUGCAUCGCAGUGCUAGCUGCGCCACCAGAGUCUCUGGGUUCGCGCCCAGGCUCUGUCGCAGCCGGCCGCAACCGGGAGGUCCGUGGGGCGACGCACAAUUGGCAUAGCGUCGUCGGGGUUAGGGAGGGUUUGGCCGGUAGGGAUAUCCUUGUCUCAGUAUGUAAAAUGUAAUGAAAUGUAUGCACUCUACUGUAAGUCGCUCUGGAUAAGAGCGUCUGCUAAAUGACUAAAAUGUAAAUGUAAAUUCCUUUACUCACUAAAUGUUCCUUUUGUUCGAUAAAGUCUCUUUAUACCCAAAAACCUGUUUUGUUUGUGCGUUUUCUUCAGUAAUCCACAGGCUCAAACGCAGUCAAAACAGGAAGACAAAAAAAUCCAAAUUGUAUCCGUAAAGUUCAUAGAAACAUGUCAAACGAUGUUUAUAUUCUAACCUCAGGUUGUUUUUAGCCUAAAUAAUCAAUAAUAAUUCAACCGGACAAUAACUUUGUCAAUUUAAAAGGUAAACAAGAAACGCACUCUCUCGGUCUCGCUCAUGAAAAAGCUCUGUGACACUUUAGGGUCCACUCAUUCCAACUGCUCUUACUUCUUCAUUUUUCAGAAUACAAGCCUGAAACAAUUUCUAAAGACUGUUGACAUCUAGUGGAAGGCAUAGAAACUGCAAUUUGAGUCCUAAGUCAAUGGAUACUGUAAUGGCAUU